AUGAGUUUCCCCCCUGCGCCCUCCCUUCCCCCAAUUCCCCCCCUACUUCCCCUUGUUUUCCCCUUUUGCUUCCCCUGCUUUUCCCCCCUGCAUCCCCUCUUUCCCCCCCCUGCAUCCCUUCCUUUCUCCCCAUGCAUCCACCCCUUUCCCCCCUUGCUUCCCCUCCUUUUCCCCCCUCCAUCCCCUCCUUUCCCCCCCGUGUUUCCCCUCCUUUUUCCCCGGCCGCUCCUUUUCUCCCUUGCUUCCCGUCCUUUCCCCCCCUUGCAUCCCCUCCUUUCCACCCCUGCAUCCCCUCCUCCGUUCCCUUGCUUCCCCUCCUUUCCUCCCCUGCGUCCCCUCCUUUCCCCCCCUUUUUCCCCUCCUUUCCGCCCCUGCCCCUCCUUUCCCCCACUGCUUCCCCUCCUUUCUCCCCUUGCAUCCCCUCCUCCGUUCCCCCACUGCUUCCCCUCCUUUCUCCCCUUGCAUCCCCUCCUCCGUUCCCCCACUGCUUCCCCUCCUUUCUCCCCUUGCAUCCCCUCCUCCGUUCCCCCACUGCUUCCCCUCCUUUCCCCCCCUUGCAUUCCCUCCUUUCCCCCCAUGUUUCUCCUUCUUUCCGCCCCUGCAUCCCCUACUUUCUCUCCCUGCUUCCCCUCCUUUUCCCCCUGCUUCCCCUCCUUUUCCCCCCUCCCUCCUUUCCCCCCCUGCAUCCCCUACUUUUCCUCCCUGCUUCCCCUCCUUUUCCCCCCUGCUUCACCUCCUUUUCCCCCCGUGCUUCCCCUCCUUUCCCCCCCUGCAUCCCCUCCUUAUGCUCCCUUCCCUUGCUUACCCUCCCUCCCCGUACCCACAGUUUCCACUUUCCACCUCCAGCGCUUAGAACUACUUGUUUCCAACAUCUGCCUCACCCCAUCUCUGCCUCACCCCAUCUCUGCCUCACCCCAUCUCUGCCUCAUCCCAACUCUGCCUCACCCCAUCUCUGCCUCACCCCAUCUCUGCCUCUCUUCCCUUUCUCUCCCCAUCCAUCCCCUACGCAUCCCUUCUCUCCCCCCAUCCAUCCUCUACGCAUCCGUUCUCUCCCCAUCCCUCCUGCAGGUUUGGGGCAGUAUGACGGACGGCAACGGGCAGAUUUGCUAUGCAGAAAUGAAUGUGGUGCUGCUGGAGUUGACCUCCAAUGAUUGGUCCGCCUGGCAGCCCCAAAAGCUUGUGGUGUCCUGGAAAGGCGAGCUGCUGCGUGCACCCUUUCCUCGUUCGGCUAUCCUCCCCAUUGCCUGCCAGCACCGUCACAUUUCCCGCAUCGCCUAUAAGUAG